AUGGAGGUCGAUAGUGAUAAUGGGCCUCUCACUCUUUUCGCCACGGGCGCUACUGUGGAAAAGGACGCCUGGCCUGCUGUGCGCAGUGACAUAAUUGCCAGACUUGACAAGAUUGCGCACAACGAAUUCCCCAUCCCCAAACUACCGCCUCCACCAGCGGCUCACCAGCCUCCCGUCGAGGUGCGAGCAUCUGCGCCCUCGUCACCACAGGCCGAAUCGUCUCAAGAAACGAAUAAGGAAACUUCUGUACCCGAGCCGCUUCCAGCGACACAAGCCAUAGAUGGCGCGCUGCCCAGGCAACUGGCCGAUAUGGUCAUUGACAUUACCAAACACCUCGAGACAUUUGAGACGCACCCCCCGCACACCAUUCAGCGCCUUGCCGAACUGAUCUUACGACCCAGAGCGCAUUACAGAGCGGUAGCACCUUAUCUACAUGCGGUUGAUCGCGUAGUCCAGGUGACAUCGAGUACGAAUACAUAUCCCCUGCCACCGCCUAUUCCUGACAUGUCUUCGAUGCAUUUGAAUGGCGAGGACCCCAAGGAUCCGGCUGUGUCAGUCUCAUGGAGCAAUCCUACUACGGCAGCAUUGGGCACAGAUGAAGCGCUAGGAGGAGCACUGCUAACGCCUAUUCCCUGGUUGACGAGGCGCAGUCCAGAGAGUUCACAGGACACCCCGGGAGCUCAAAUUCACAGCGAAAGCACAGAGAGUAUCGAGGGUCCCAAUGGAGUGGGAAGCAUUGAGACAGUUUCAGUCAGCGUCAACGGAAUUCCAUCAACAGGGCAUGCACGAGGGGUCACACAAGGAGAACUCUUACGCCAAGAGCAAAGAGCCGGCGUGGUCCCCGUGAGCCAACUGUCAAGAGCCCAAGAAGUGGUUCAUGAAGGAGAACGUAUGACGAUGGACGACGAAGAGGACGAAGAGCUACAUGAGGAAGAAGACGAGAUACCCCAUGCCAGAGGGCCCGAAGAGAUCGGUAUGAGCGACACCGGCCCUCAAUCUACAACGACGAGUUUCGUGUCAGAAGGUAGCAUGGGGAUGCAAGGGAUCGAUGUUGAGGCGGCAGUUGGCAGGAAACAUGACGAUGACGAGGAGGGCAAGGUCGAUGCUGACGCUGAUGGAGAUGCUGAGGGUGAGAGUGAACCCAAGAGCCCCGGCGCAGAGAGCGUAGGCUCCAAGAGGGAGGCAGACGAAGACCUUGAGAGAGAAACCCACAAGAAGCUAAAGGAAGAAGAAGGAGAAGGAAAAGACAAAGCCGAAGACGACCAAAAAGCUGAUACAGUGGCUUCUGAUGUUAAGGAGGAAGAGAAAAAGGCAGAGGAAGCCAAAGCUCCAGCGAGCGAGACCAAAUCAGAAGCCGAUGACAAUAAGAUGGAUACCGAAUAG